AUGGCAAACACACGGCACAUUUCCACGACCACGCAAGCUCUCUUCCGAGUCUUCGUCCAACCCACCAUUGCAGCCGCACCCUCGACUCCCCGCGCCGCCUCCUCGCUCAUCCGGCCCUCCACAGCCCAGACAGCAGGCGUCCUCUUCGCUCCAGCCUUCGCACCACACAACCAACGACGUACGGCGAUCAAGUACCGGGCGCCGGUGGAGCGCACAACACCGUACGACGAGGAGAUCGGGUCGCGAUGGAUCAACCUGGUCGACGCGGACGGCGUCUUCCACCCGCGCCAGAGCAUCCGGAAGGUGCUCGACGACAUGGACCGCAUCACGAACCACCUGGUGCAGGUGGUGCCGGCGCAGAAGGACGCCGAGUUCCCGUUCCCCGUGUGCAAGGUCGUGGCCAAGAACGUGCUGCGCGAGCAGGAGCGCCAGAAGGAGAAGCAGCGCGCCAAGAAGACGCCCGACGAGCUGGGCAAGACGCUCGAGCUCAACUGGGCCGCCAGCCCGAACGACCUGCAGCACUGGUUGAAGCGGUUGAAGGAGUUCUUGCAGGAGGGGAGGAGGGUCGAGGUCGUGCUGGGCCCGAAGAAGAGGGGCAGGAAGGCGACGCCUGAGGAGAUUGAGAACGUUUUGCAGAGCGUCAAGGACACGGUGGCGGAAGUUCCGGGCGCGAAGGAGAGGAUCGAGCCGGAGGGUGAGGUUGGAGGCAUCCUGAUGUUGUCCUACGACGGUCCGAAACAGCCCAAGGAAGAAAAGAAGAAGGAAGAAAAGAAGAAGGAAGCACCAGCGGAGGAGGCAACUGAGGGACAAGACAAGCCCAAGGUCUCGAGGUGGAAGAUCAAGGAGGAGGAGAGGAGGAAGCAGGCUGAAGCCGAGAAAAAGCAGGCUGAGGCUGAGAGAAUAAGGAAGAUCCAAAACCAAAUGCACACGCAAAGGCAAAGGCCUGAAAGGCAGAGGUCUGAAUGGGAAAGGCCUGAAAGGCAAAGAUCUGAACGGGAAAGGUCCGCUAGGCCUGAGAGAAGGACGUUCGGUGGUGGUAUGGGUGAUCUUUCUAGGUUCAGGGUUGGUGGCAGGUAG